AUGCUGCUGCGCUUGCGGUCCAGGGAUGGGCUUGAGAGGAUAGAGGUGGAUGACGGCGCCAACCUAUCCGCGCUAAAGGCCGCUAUCAAUGCCAAGCUGGCCAUCCCCCUGGACGAUAUGUUGCUGUCUAAGCAGCCGGGGCUCCUCACCAGCAAGGAGCCGUACAGCUUCAGAGAUCUAGCCAUCAACGACGCAUCCCUUAGGUCCCAAGGUGUCUCGCACGGCGAUAUGGUGUACCUGUUGUACAGCUUCGAACGCCAGGUGGAGCCGGCGGUCCGGCCAGCAGGUCGGUCCAAGCCUUUUGGAGUUCAUAUGACGCUGAAUGACGUGAUGGCCAAGGUAAUCAAGAUUGAGCGGCAGGAGAAGCCUCUUGUCUCAGCGAUAAGCUUUGACCGGAAUGCCGCCAACGUAUUCCAGUCGUACCUGCAAGGCGCGUUCAACUUUUCAAUCAAGCGUGGGGGCCUCUUGUACGGCAACGUGGACGAUGAUAAAACAGUAAAGGUGGACUUCAUUUACGAACCACCACAGGAGGGCUCCUCCGACAAGCUGCAGCUCCAGCGGCAUACCCCUGAGGAGCAGCAGGUGGACCUGCUGGCUCAGUUGCUGGGCUACCGCAAGGUGGGCUUCAUAUUCUGCCAGAGCGUCAAGGCACAGAAGGCGGCGGCGGAGAGCGACUACAUCAUCAACACGGAUGAGCUGAUCAUGAUGGCGGCAAUGCAGGUGAGGGAAGGAAGGGGGGAGCAUUGCACCACAGCGCUUGUCACCUUGGUGGAGGAGCCGGAGACCGGCCCGCAGGUUCAUUUCGAGGCGUUCCAAUGCAGCGAUUUGGCGGUCCGGCUGGUUCGCGAGGGCUGGGUGGUGGCCCGGGACCCUGUGGAUGGAGUCUCCCGAAUGGUUAACCCCAAGGAGCCCGAAUUGAAGCAGCCAGUCAUGCUUAACAACCGGGAUACCGACGAGGUGGACAACGAUUGGUUCUUGUGCCCGGUGAGCAUCCGGGAUCACGACGGCCGUCUCACAACUUCGUUCCCCGUGGAAAACCGACUCACGCCACAGGGUAGGACCGAGCUUCGGGAGCACCUCAAGCGCAUGUCCUCGCGGCCCUACGUGGAGCGCCUCUCGGACUUCCACCUGCUGUUGUGGCUGGCCAAGCAACCCAACCUGGACCCCAAUGAUAUGGCACUACUGUGCGAGGCGGUGCGGGAGCACAGACCCGUGCUGGAGGGGUACCGAGUCAUCAUCGACUCCAUCGCAGGCAUCUCACAGUGA